GGAAACCGAACGGGUAGCAAAAACAUGCCGGUAACAAAGAGCAGAAAGGCCACCACCGACAGCAGGAUCCGGCGAGAGAGCGUCGACAGCGCUCCAAAAUGGGCCAAACAGUGGGUUUGGGGUUGAUGCGGCUGCUGUUGUUCUCCCCUCGGUGGAUCGGGAAACCUAAGCCGCAGAAUCGAUGGGUAGUACUCGUUCCAGGGCUGCAUCGUGAGGUAGUCUCUCUGCCACAGGCCCGGUCGCAUCCCAAACGGGAGGACGUCCCUCAGAUGCCGUGAUUCCUGCGCCGUGGCGCAGGUUCCGCAAAGCUGCAGGUGGUACCCGCAGAGGACACCGCAGCAAGCGUUGGCCAGGAACCGCCAGGCCGUGAAACAAAAACCGCCCCGCUCGUAUGUUGUGUCGUCGUCGUCGUCAUCAUCGUCUGUCCCUCCCGAUCGAUUGGCGGCAAUUCCUGUUGGUUGCCGGCGGAGGCGUGUCCCAAAGCACCCAUUGUCGCUUCCCGCGCAGCCACAAAAGGCAUGCGCCCCGUCCCCGUAAAUUUCUCGGUGGUGUGCUUGCAAAAAGGCCGCGAGUUCCGGAUCGUGGUCGUUCUCGUCCCCCCUUUUGUGAAUCGCCGACCGGCCGUGCCGGCGGUAGUAUUCCACAAUGGCCAGCCGCUUCCGAAAGCUGCGGCGGGAGCGCUGGAACCAGAUGAUCAUGCCAACGGUACCCAACACCAACAUUCCGGACGAGAUCAGGGUUACGUCCGAAAACAAGUGGCCAUCGGCAGAAUCCUCGAGGGACCAUGCCGCGAUUGCCACAACCAACAAGACGAGGCACGCCGUUUCGAAGAACCGCCACAGUGACAACCGCGAUUCUUCGGCAUUGGCCUUGGCGCUGGUGUUUUCGUCCUGCUCGAGUUCUCGUUGCUGCUCUUCCUCUUCUAGAACUAGCAUAUCCUUGUUGCGCUGCCACAAAAAGACCCCGCAACAAAAGAAAGCGCAGGCAUCGGUUUGGGACGCCCUGGGAUCCUCGAACAUUCCGCACAAAUCUGACCCAAAGAUAGGAGCCUCGUCGGCUCCAUAAAACAUAGACGACGAUGACGACUCGUAGUCGUUGUCACGAUCGGGUCUACAUUCUCCGCCUCUACCGAUCGCAUCUUGGUCCAUCUGAAUCGAAUCGAAUCGAAUCGAAUCAAAUACAAUGAAUAGA